AUGGCGGCCAUACUUCCCGUCGAAAUUAUACUCAGCAUAGCCGCGUACCUCGACUGUCAAGAGCAGUACGCCCUUCUACGAGCGAUCCCAUCACUCGCAAGUCAAUUCACGUACUCGCGGCAUCUCCUGGCUACCACCGAUGAUAAUGGCAACAACUUGGUGCAUAUAUUAGCGCAAAAGGGGGAGGAAUUCUUGCUGAAGUCGCUAUUCCGAGACGAAGAUCUGGAAGCAAGUCUCAUAUCUGGCAACAUCAUUCCUCGGUUAAAGCAGAUGCUUCUUACACGCUCUGUAAACAACGAUGGUGCUACGCCUAUUCACCUGGCGGCAUCCAAUGGAUAUUUGGGUAUUGUCGACUGGAUCUCGAAGAGGCCAGAUUUGGAUUUGAAUCGGCAGGACAAAUCUGGGUGUACGUGUGUGGAACGGGCAGCAAAGGCUGGACACGCUGAAGUUGUCAGUUUGCUCCUGGAUAAUCCGAAUAUGACGGUCGACUGGAACUCCAACCAAAGGUCAAACCCCCUUUGUCUUGCGGCCGAGUAUGGCCAUGAAGCUACUGUGAGGGUGAUCCUCGAGCGCCAUGGACACAGAAUCAGCGUCAAUUCCCAAGCCUCAUAUGGCAUCACGGCUCUCACCUUUUCGGUGCUUCGUGGCCGUAUGGGCAUCACCGACUUGUUGAUUCAGCAAAAAGGAGUAAACGUCAAUGCAGAGGAUCAUUUGGGCAACAGCACGUUGCACAUGGCAGUUAGAAGCAAGAAUCAAGCCGCCAUAAAAGCGAUCCUGGCACACCCAAAUGUCAAUCCGAAUAUGAGAGACUGGUACGGGCACACUCCCUUACAGGAGGCCGUAUGUAUCGCGGACAAGACGAUAGUCAAGCUCCUUCUUGAGCAUCCAGCAACAGAUGCCAAUCUGGGCAACUGCAAGAAAACGACUCCUCUCAUCAAAGCAGUCCAAGAAAACCACGACUGGGCGGUUGAAUUCCUCCUGAAAUGGCAUAACAUUGAGCCCGAUAAGAAAGACUACUGGGGAAUGACAGCUCUCUCAUGGGCCGCAUUCUUGGGCCGCAAGAAGAUGGUUGAAAGGCUGCUUGAACUGGAAGAGGUUGAUCCUAAUUCACUGGAAGAGGACGGCUUGACGCCUCUCGCCCUCUGCAUGCAAAUGGGAUGGCCGGACGUGGCCGAGGUUCUUCUCAAACACCCCGAUGUCGAUAUUAACGCGGAGGACGAUUGGGGCUGGACGCCGCUCGCCCAUGCCAAAAACGCCCCAAGAAGCAAGUCUGUUCCCUUAAUGAGACUUCUGACCCAGCACGGAGCGACCAUGACGCUCCAUGCAGAGAUGGUUGUCAUGUACAACGCAUUGGUCGAUUCUGAUAUUGCCGUAAGCUUAGUGGAAUCGAUAAUCAAGUGCAAGAACAUCGAGGCAUAUAUGAUAGACCGUUUUGGGCGAGAAAAGACCGAAUUGGCCAUGAAAGAUGGCGAACGAGGCGUGCGAGCGCUUCUCUUCCGGGAUACUCGGGCCGCGAGGAUGAGAAGGGAUGGGAUAGAGGGGAUGCUUUGCUUGGAAGGUUAG